AUGCGCGAUGAAGGAUUCGAUUUGUAUCCCCUGGAAGAGGGCGCACUCAUAGGCCACAUAAAUGUCGACGAGGAGAUAAAUAAAAAAACGAAAACAUAUCUGAGUAUGUCCCUAAAAUACAUUCGUGAGAAGAAGCUCAAAAGUUGCGAAGAGUACCUGAGUGGCGUACUACCGGCUCUUAAGGAACACCCAUUUGAACACCUAACUUUAAUGACCAUAAAGAUAUAUUGUAAUUUAAGACUGAAUAAUUACCGCCUGGUUUCCAGUGACCUCAGUUCGAUUGGUCCUUUGGAUAAAAGCACUUACAACUUUGAAAACGUCUCAUGGAAAUAUAAGAAAAAAAGUGGCUCCAUGGUUUCCUUCCUUCUUAGACUGAUUAACUGUUACUACCCCUACACUCUGAACCUGUACUUCACGUCCUUCGACCGACUUUACCUUCUGAUACUGCACUAUGAGAAGUUACUUCAUGAGUGCACCGCUCAGUUGGGAAGCAGUUCAGAACAGAACGACGCUUCUUCGAACGUCACCUACACAGAGAUCGCACAUAAUGAUCAUAAUGGUGGUGAUGAAAUCUGCCCACUGCCACAGACGCGGAAGAAGGUCAUCCUACACAAUAUCGCAGUUGCAUGCUACGUUUUGUGUGACCUCUUACUUAAGAAGAAUUACAUCGAGCAAGCCAUCCACCUUUUGGAGGAAAAAAUAUUACGAUACGAUGCAGACCACAUUGUCACCAUAUCUUUGAUUGGAAAAUUGUAUUUGCUUAUGGGGGCACUGGAUUCCGCAGCGAGGUCCUUCGACUUGGUUGAGCACCUAACCGGGGGGGAAGGAACUCCCCAGGAUGCCGCAACGCUAAGACACACCUUAACAAAUGCAACUUUCUUUAAUCUCUACCUGGAGGAUUACGCAUCUGCAUUGCACAAAAUUACAUCCAUCCCGCAAAACUACCCAACGGAGCAAAACAGAGGAGAAUAUCUUACCAACGACUACGCCAUAUACCGCAACAACCUCGCAGUCACUUACUUUUUUAACAAUGACCUGGACAAAUCGAUUCAGACUCUGGAAGAGACUGUGGCCAGGGAUCAGGGCAAUGCGUACCCCCCGCUUGUAAAAAAUUUAAACCUCUUGUAUGAGUUCACCAAAGUGAGGGGGCACUUAAAAUGA